UAACAAAAUAUUAUAAAAAAAAAAUUGUCGAUUCAAUAUAGAGAGAAGAAGGGCACUGAAUCGAGCGAAAUGGAUCAGAUAUUGGGCAAGGUCGGCUCUUACUGGUUCAGUCGGAAAGCCAACAAGGAACUUAACUCCGUCGGUGAUGAUUUCAGUUCACUUUCAAGCACCAUUGAAGGAGGAACCAAAUGGUUUGUCAACAAAUUAAAAGGAAAGAUGCAAAAGCCGUUAACAGAGUUACUAAAGGAGUAUGAUCUACCAAUAGGACUCUUCCCGCGCGAUGCAACGAACUAUGAAUUCAACGAAGAAACAAGAAAGCUUAUUGUUUACAUUCCUCAAGUGUGUGAAGUAGGCUACAGAGAUUCAUCGGUCUUGCGUUUCACUAUGAGUGUGUCUGGUUAUCUGGAGAAGGGAAAGCUAACAGAGAUAGAGGGCAUGAAGACCAAAGUGUUGGUGUGGGUGAAAGUUACCGCCAUUUCAUCUGAGGGACCAAAGCUUUAUUUCACUGCUGGCAUGAAGAAAUCAAGGAAAAGGGAAGCAUAUGAGGUUUCUAGAGAUGGUGUAAUCAUAGAUAAAUUCUGAAAUUCUGAUGUGUUUGUAUUGAUUAAUUUCCUUUUGUUAAUAGUUAGACAAUAUAAUGUAUGUUUUUUCUUGUGGAAUAUUGAAUUUUUAUGAUAUGGUUGAAAUUGAACCUCUAUUUGAUUAUGAUAAAGUUGUUUCAGUUU